AUGGCUGAGCCCGCAAACAAAUACGGCCCCGAGGUUCAGAAGGUCUCGGCCGACACCCCAAUUGAAGACAUCAUCUACCUCCUCAAACGGGACGGAGGUGUUUUUGUCAAGGGCCUUGUCCCCGUCGCCGAUGUUGACAAGGCUUUUGAGGAGUGCCGUGCCAGGCUCGAGUCUGAUGUCGAGUGGGACGGUAAAUUCUUCCCGAAAGAGACACAGCGCGCGCCGUCACUGCUCAAGCACAGCCCCACCUACGCGCGGACACAGAUGAUGAACCCGCUCUACCACCAGGUGCUCGACCACUUCCUCACGACCCGCAGCUGGUUCUGGUGGGGCAACGAGAAGAAGGAGUCGGUGUCGAGGCCGUACGUGCACUCGUGCACCGCCAUGAGCAUCGGGCCGGGGGGCAAGGCGCAGCCCCUGCACCGCGACGACUACAUCAGCCACAACUACCACACCGAGAUCGACGCCUGGGACGACGAGCGCGACAGGCAACGCGAGACGGCCGUGGGGCUGUUUGUUGCUGGCUGCAAGGUGACCAAGGAGAAUGGGGGGACACAGUUCAUUCCGCGAUCCCAUCUGUGGGGCACCGACCGGCACAUGCCCCCGCGCGUGGAGGAGUGCAUCUUCGCCGAGAUGGACAAGGGCGACGCGUUCAUCAUGCUGGCGUCGGCAUACCACGGGGGCGGGACCAACAGCACCAAGGACCAGCGGCGGCUGAUGUUCGCGACGUUUGCGAUCCGGGGCUACCUGCGGCAGGAGGAGAAUCAGUUCCUGGCGGUGCCGCACGAGGUCGCCAAGACGCUUGACCGGGACAUCCAGGAGUUUAUGGGCUACUCGAUGAGCGACCCGGCGUGUGGCUUCGUGGAGGAGAUGAAUCCCAUCUACGUGCUGCGGCCCGAGGAGGCCAAAGGCCCUACGGACUUUUGA